UAUCCUUUUAUCCUAUCCUGACAUUCCGUCCUCUUCCCCGCACCUCUACACGUCUCCCAAAACUAUUCUUUUUGGCGUUAACAUGGCACCGAUGAGGGUAGCAUGCUUGGUAGCUGGGCUGGCGGCUUCGACGACCGCGGUUCACGUGCCGGAAUCGCCUGUCUACUCCCUUCAGGGAGGCGGUAGCGGCCUGGAGACGAAGGGCGACUACCUGGAGAACAAGAUCGCCCGCGGGGUGUACGGCAGCAUCGACACCACUACCAAGGGCGUGGUCGGUGUCUUCGGCCUGGCCGCGGACGAGGCAAAGCAGGCCAACAAGGCCGCUCACGCCGCGGCCAGGUCUGCCCGAGAGUCGGCCAGGGAGUCGGUCAAGCACGUCAGGGAAUCCGUCCACAUCCCCACCAAGAUCGGCUGGCCUUUCGAGGAAAAGGCCCCCGAGCCCCAGCCCAAGAUGUCGUGGGUCGGCGGGGCCAAGCAAGUGGUCGCUGAUGAGAGGACGGCCUUGAAAAAGUUCAUCGGCAACCCCAACAAUGCCUUCGUGGCCCAGGGCGUCACCGCCCUCCUGUUCGGUGGCCUCCACCUCGCCAAGUACGACCAGUUCGUGGGCAAGCUUGCCCAGCCCCUGUGCAGCCUGUUCGGCCUGGAGUGGGGGCCGGGCACCGUGGGCCCUUACAUGAAGUUGAUAGGAGCAUACCUUGUGGGCGUCUUCUUCUCGGACGUGCUGGCCUACAAGUCCAACAGCGCCGGCUUCAAGCGCGGAAAGAUCUGGCACGAGAUGGGCUCCUGCAUCGCCAUCUCCACCCUGUGCAUCACCCAGAUGUUCUCGGAGACGCCCGCCGACGUCGUGCCCCACGCCAUCGCCGCUUUUGUCUUCGCCGGGUGGUACAGCUACCUCUCGCAGCAGUACUAAAUUGACAACUAACUGCCUGCUGUUUGUUUUUUGGGUUGGUUGUUUCUGACUCUCUCUCCGUGAUGAAAAUAGCGUAGGAUGUGAACGAUGUAGACCGUUGUUGCCCCGUUGACCAGAGAGAGAGCAAGCGGCGGUCGGUCUUUCCUCGCACAAAGGAGCCCGCUGGAGAACGGUUUUCUCCCUCCAUGGCGUGUUUUGGUCGCAGACAGGCACGCAUCGUCUGUAUCUGCAGGUAGGUAGCUCUGACCUCUUCGCAUUUUCCUUCUAGAUGUUGCUGAUAGAUUAAUCCUGAAUCUUGUAUGUGCAUGGCGGAGGCGUGCUUGUUGUUGUUGACGAGGGCGAAAGCUCGUUGGUUGUCGUUAAGGCGCGCUGCGGCCGGCAGUGGUGCCGCAGGUUUUGCUACGCCGAAUUCGGGCACCGAAACACGCCUCUGUCUCGAGCGUUAGCAGCAGCGGAGGAGGAGCUAAGGUUGGAGCUAGACGCGUGGUUUUUCUAAGCAAGGCACAACACUCGCGUACCCUGCCCUGUUGUUGUGGAUAUAAUAGUAAUUUCGAAGAGAUUAUGGCUGCGUGCGCGUUGCUUAUAAUUGGAUUCUGUUUUUGUCUCUGCCUUUUUCUGUUUGGCCUCUCUGAAAUGAAUGGAAGGGUCGGCUUCAAUCGGUUAUUUUCUUUUUUUCCACUCCUUGUCUUUAAUGCACGCCUCCACGCUUUGUAUGUUUCGUAACUCUCCUUCUUUCUUGUAGACUAUGUUUAUCUGCCUGUAAAAAUGGGGGGGGGCGGGGGGCGGGGUUGUAGAUGACGGCGUGGGGUGGGGAGGGGUGACGGGCCCAAAAGUAGAGAGGGGGUGCGUCUCCUCAGCCUUGCUUAGAGCUACUGCGGUAGAUGAGAUAGAUCAUCAGAGAAUGAUGGAAUGAGAUGGGACGAUGGGUCAUAGAGCGUCGGAUCGUACAGCUAGCUGUCUCCGCGAGGGGGGGUUGCUGUUUUUGUGGUACUUUUCUGGCAUGAGCGAAGCGGUGGAAGACGCGACUCACUCUGAAAUAGUACCGGAUUAACAGCUUGGUCCCUUGUGCUAUUGCUGUUGGAUACCCCGGUCUUCGAUUGGUUUUAAUUCCAUGUACGCAUGGCGCAUUGAAAAGCGCAGUGUUGUCUGGCGCUGCUGCCUGGGUACUUGCUACAUACUGUUUUCUUCAGUAAGGGAGAUAGGUGUCGUUGAACAGUCACAAGCGAAUGCAUGCAUCCAUCCCCCUGGCCUGUAUCCAGGGUUGGCGCAUCACCGUGGUCGUUGGAGGUUGAGACGAAGAUGACCGAAAUCAACCCCAGCCCCCAAUUCAUGCGCUUCACUAUU